AUGAAGAGUUCUCGGUUGGCUCUCCGGUCUCUCGGUCACUUUCAACGCAGAUAUAUUCGGUCUAGAAAAUUGCAGCCUUCGAAUCUGUCGCAUCAGGAUGUGAAUGAGGAUGAAACAUUUCAUGGUCACGUUUCAAUUAGAAGAUUCUUCUCGUCUUCAACAUCAUCAAACACGCCCAGCAUUCAUCACGCGCAAGCCAGAGAAUUCUUGGACAAACUGAAAACCGGAAGCUUCAACACUUCUAUUGUUCCGCAGAGGGUUGAACAAUUAUUGAUUGCUUUGCUCAAAGGCGACAACACUGCAAAUGAUGGCCCAUUAGCAUUGCAGCUGCUGAAUUCUGCUAUUAUGCACUCCAACCUACCGAAUGAGCGACUCAUUCCAAGAUUGUUCUCCCUGGCCUGCCAGAUUAUGGUACGAAGUGGCCAUUCGCUGGCAUGGAAUGAAGUCCAUCAUCAAAUAUGGAGAUUGCUAGAUGGGCACAAGGAAUUCUUGAUCAAUGAUAUUCCCUACAAUACCCAUCAUGUGAACGACGCCUGUGUUCAGCUAAUAUCGCUGACAGUCAGUCAGUAUGGUAGAAAACGACGUAUGGACCACAAUACUUCCCAGAAAAUACAACAAUUGAUCGCUGAACUGAAACGACAAUACAAGGAUCCAAAGAUACCACUUGGAGCCAGUGUAGAUGGCUUCAACUCUUUCAUUAUGUAUUAUUGUGACAUUGGAAAGCCGAACAAAGCUUUGGAACAGCUUCACUGGAUGUUGAAUGUCUCAUCAAAGUCCAAACAAAUGUUGGAACCGAAACUCUCGAGUUUUUCAUUGACCAUAUCUGGUUUUGCCAACGACAGUGACCCAGAUAAGGCGACGGAAAUCAUUCAAUGGAUGUUGUCGUCAUACAAAAACAAAGCGAGCCCAAUCCCUGCUCCCAAUCGAGCUUGUUUCAAUGGCUUGUUGCACGCAUGGGCAAAGAGCAGUCGCAAGGAUGCAGGGUCAAAGGCAGAACGAGUGCUGGAUUGGAUGCAACAGCUGUACGAAUCCGACCAGCUGGACACCCAGCCUGAUGACAUUAGCUUCGCCACCUGCAUUAAUGCUUGGGCUCGAAGUCCUGGACGCGAGUCACCAGCUCGUGCAGAAGCGUUGCUUCAUAAGAUGUUGAUACUGCAUGAAAGUGGCAAUGGUGAUAGUAUCAAGCUUUCGUUAUCGGCAUUCUGUUCAGUGAUGGAUGCAUGGGCAGGAUCUGGUGAUAGGGCUGCACCGCAAAAAGUGGACGCAAUUUUAGAUAUUGUCGAAGAACGAUCGAGCUCAAUGGAGGACUUUGAACUUACAGCAUUCCCAUACACAAUUCUCAUCAAGUCAUGGGAGCGUGCAGCCAGUGGGACAAAAGAUCGGAAUAGACAACUAGAGUGCAGCGACAACGCUUUCAAAGUCUUGACUCGAAUGCAAAAUAUGGGCAUAGUACCGCCGCCAACAACGUAUAAUGCAACCAUCAUGGCGCUAAAUUCAUCUUCGCCUAUGAAUGCAAUUUUCUACUUUUUGCAGCUUGAAGAGCAGUACAGACAAUGCAAAAUAAAGCUUGAUACAAGAACUUUCAAUUGUGGCUUGAACGCUAUUGCAUCCAUGAUGAAGCCAGAUGCUGCAGAGAAGGCUACGGAAAUGCUUUCGAGGAUGAAGGAGUAUGCAACUAAAGACUCAUAUGUGCAGCCUGAUGAAACCACCUUUAACAUAAUUCUGAAGGUGUUGUCUCGAAGCAAUUUAGAAGAUGCAGCUCAUCGAGCAGAUGAACUUUUGCAGGACAUGAUUACUAUGAAGUCAAUACGAUCAUCGCAUGUCAGUUUUUCCACUUGCAUCAUUGCGUGGGGGCGAAGUCAAGCCAAGGACAAAAUUCAACGCGUAGAGAAGCUUCUUGUACAAUUCGAAAAGACGCAAAAGAAGAACCAAAAAGCGGGGAAAGUGGGGUCGAAUGCAGUGUAUAAUGCAGUCUUAUCGGUAUGCUACCACAACGGAUCGGGCGAGUUUCUGGACCAAGCUCGAGAAACGGCCACCAUUGCCAUGCAGACGCUUCGCAACGCCAAAGCAACAGCGGACAAGGCCACCUACGAAUCUUUCUUCAAAGUCAUGACAUUUGCUCCAGUGGAUCCAGCGAAAGAAAACCUUGUAGAGACCGAAUUUCGUAGGUGUAUCGAGGAUGGUCUUGUCUCCGUGGAUUCGCUCAAGGUGGUUAAAGCUGUAUUUCCUUCUGUUGCUGAGAAGUACCUUGGUGAACACCACGGGACAAACGGAGAGUCUAUUCCAAGGCAAUGGUCCAAACAGAUAAGAAGCGGAUCAAGAAGAUAA